AUGGCUUGUCUCCAAUGCAGCAGCAGAGAGAUUGAGUGCCACGGGUAUGGAUCGGUUCCGAUAUGGAUGGAUGGAGGUCCAAACGAAAGGCGCGAGAAGCAGCGCAUCAAGCUGGCUGUAAAGAAGAACUUUAGAGAGAAAAAGAGCCUCCAGGCACGUCGACUGAGAGAUCAUAAUCGGACCACGAGUCAAGGACAAAACUUACCAAGCGAUGCUGAAAAAGGCAAUCAACUUGGCAACGCUUCUGAAACAAAUGCCAUCUCAAGAAACGAGGCAUCGCCAAUCUUGACUCCUCAAUCUUUGCAGAGCCGGGUCCUCUCAGGACAGUCAUUUGCUGAGCCACUUCACUACGAUGAAGCCAGUCUUCUGAUGCACUACCUAGACCAUGUAUUUCCAUACCAAUACCCUUUCUUUGACAAAGCAAGGCUGUCCCGAGGCUGGCUUCUAUGGCUUCUCAGCAAAAAUGGACCUCUAUAUCGAGCAUCUAUGGGUCUUGCAGCCUUACAUCAGCGAUCGUUGCUAGGCGAGACAAACAACCAUCAUCUUGAACUGGAGUUCCAUACCAAAGCGGUCAGGCAGUUACAGGACUUUCUUGUGUCCAUCGAUAUCAAUGAGCUGCGGCCUGAGAACGAGACUCUGGUCGAGAUUAUCACUUGUGGUAUAGCUCUUAUUAGCUUUGAGGUCCUUCGAGGCAGUGCAACAGAUUGGCAACCGCAUUUAAGCGCCAUGUCUUCCAUCGCAGUCAUGAUGCAUAAUCAGCCUUCGCUUCCGCAAUCAGUAGAUCAGCUUCCUACCCCUCUCUUUGAGGGAAAGGCUACCGCGGCCAUGGCCUUUCAUUUACCGGUCCUGCUUUGGAUGGAUUUGUUAGCCUGUGUAGCCACGAGGGAGGCACCGAAACUUCCAUACGAUGAGUGGCUGGGACCUAACUGCACAUUUCAGCUCGCACAUAUAAUGGGCUGCCACAACUCAGUGAUGAAAGGCAUAGGGGACAUCGCAACUUUGAGUCAGUGGAAGUCUGAUGGUGCCGAAAGAGGCACUCUCGACCUUGAGAGUUUUCAGACGAAAAGACAACUGAUCGAAGAUGAACUGGAGAGCGCCAUGGAUACAACUCCUAUGGCCUCAAUGGGAUCUCAAGGAUUGUCUUCCAGGACCCAACCAUCCAUUCACAUGAAGUCCGAGCAGCGGCCUGAGCAGGAUUCUGUUACUCGCAUAUUUGCUGCCGCGGCAUUGGCCCAGCUUGCUGCUUUGACUGCCAAAGUCUCAACUGACAUCUCAGUGACCGUGGUGAGGAGAAGCGUAAGCCGAGUGAUUCUAGAGAUCAAAAUGGCAUCCCAAAUGAUCUCUCCUCGGCAACUGAGCUGGCCCAUAUGUGUUGCUGGCUGCUUAGCUGAUCCAGACCAGCAGCCGUUCUUUGAAGCACUAUUAAACAGCGUGCUAUCAGAAGGAACCGGCAUGAUAGGAAACUGUGGCACAGUUCGGGAUAUCUUGCGGGCCUGUUGGACAAACAAGGCUCAGCAGCCGAAUCAGCAGUGGGACUGUGGUAGUACUAUGAAGCAGUUGGGUACCUAUGCCCUUCUGAUAUGA